AGAGCGUUGUGGAUGGGUUUAGGAGAGAGGUGGAAGGGUUAGAUGGUAGUAUAGAGGGGUAGCAAGUUUCAAAAACUGCAAGCUGCAAAUAAGUAAGAAAAGUAAGUUAGUUAUUUUCAGAUCUCUUUAAGUCUAGAAGCCAUCUCUAGAUCAAAUGUGGUUGAGUGUGCAAUAAUCCUUUAUUUCUCCACUUGUGGUCUACUAUCUGGAAGUAACUUUCCGUCAGUGAAUCUACUUCUCAGUGCUGCUGCUGCGUCUAACCCUGUCAGCUGCAGCCUGUAUAGGCAUCAAGUUCUGUUGUGUCCAUCUUUUCAGCAGAAGUUUAAGACUGGAGCUGCUCAGACUUUUCAUCAUGAGGAACUUGUGUGUAUCUCUAGUUCUGCUGCAGCUCAUUGGGACUUGUUUAUGCCAAUUUCCUCGCCCAUGUGCCAAUUCAGAGGGACUACGGACCAAGGAGUGUUGCCCAGUUUGGGAUGGUGACGGCUCAGCCUGCGGUGCCCUAUCAGGCCGUGGUUUUUGCACUGAGGUGGAGGUCUCAGAAGAGCCCAAUGGGCCUCAAUACCCACAUAGUGGGAUUGAUGACAGGGAGCGCUGGCCUUUAUCUUUCUUCAACAGGACGUGUCGUUGUGCUGGAAAUUAUGGAGGUUUUAACUGUGGUGAAUGCAGGUUUGGUUACUGGGGUUCAAACUGUGCUGAGUACAGGGAGUCAGUGCGCAGGAACAUCCUGACCAUGUCACUUGCUGAGCAACAGAAGUUUAUCUCUUAUCUCAACCUGGCAAAGAACACCAUCAGCCGUGACUACGUGAUCUCCACAGCAACAAGAGCAGAGAUGGGUGAAAAUGGUGAGAACCCCAUGUUCUCUGACAUCAACACCUAUGACCUGUUUGUCUGGAUGCACUACUAUGUGUCCCGGGACGCCUUCUUGGGUGGGCCAGGGAAUGUAUGGACAGACAUCGACUUUGCCCAUGAAUCUGCAGCAUUUCUGCCCUGGCACCGAGUCUACCUGCUUCACUGGGAGAAUGAGAUAAGGAAGCUGACGGGAGAUUUUAACUUCACCAUCCCAUACUGGGACUGGAGGGAUGCCCAGUCCUGUGAGGUGUGCACCGAUGCUCUGAUGGGCGGACGCAGUCCACUCAAUCCUAACCUCAUCAGCCCUGCUUCAGUCUUCUCCUCAUGGAAGGUGAUCUGUACCCAGCCAGAGGAGUACAACAGCCGAGAGGCAUUGUGUAACGGCACCGGGGAGGGACCACUAUUACGCAACCCCGGCAACCAUGAUCCCAACCGCGUGCCGAGACUCCCCACAACAGCCGAUGUAGACUUCACUGUCAACCUCCCCCUGUACGAGACAGGACUCAUGGACCGACUCUCCAAUAUGAGCUUUAGAAACGUCAUAGAGGGUUUCGCCAGUCCAACGUCAGGUAUGGCAGUGCCAGGCCAGAGCACAAUGCACAACGCCUUGCAUGUCUUCAUGAACGGCUCCAUGUCCUCAGUGCAGGGUUCAGCCAACGACCCCAUAUUCCUGCUGCACCACGCUUUCAUUGACAGCAUUUUUGAGCGCUGGCUCAGAACCCACCAGCCUCCCCGGACCAACUACCCACGUGCCAACGCCCCCAUUGGCCACAAUGAUGGACACUACAUGGUGCCCUUCCUGCCUCUCUACAGAAACGGAGACUACUUCCUGACUGAUAAGGUUCUAGGAUUUGAGUAUGCCUACCUGUUGGACCCUGGUCAGAGGUUUGUUCAGGAGUUCCUGACGCCCUACCUCCAGCAGGCCCAGGAGAUCUGGCUGUGGCUCCUGGGAGCCGGGGUCCUCGGGGCGCUGAUCUCUGCAGUCAUCGCUGCACUGCUUCUCGUUGGACGAAGGAAGUGGAGGCGUAACCAGAGAAGGAAGCGGGCGCUAAGCUACGAAGAGCGACAGCCAUUACUGCACAGCAGCUCAGAGGAAGGUUCUUCAUAUCAGACUACCAUGUAGCACACACUGAUACUGUACAUACACACAUAUGAAUGAACUUUUAGGAACACACAGUAUUUUCAUGAAGCAAACGAACAAGAUGAAUCCUGGUACAAGAUUUUGUACACAAUAAAUCUACUUUAAUUUUAAAAUGGUGUCUAGCAGAUAGUUGUGUGUGUUGUCUUUACAUUUGAAACUUUGGCACCUCAAUACAAUGGAGCUGUAGUGUAUUUUAUUGUGGUGGUAAUAGCAUCGGAAAAUGUCUUUACAGAAAAAUUGUCUCGUUGGUUUGCAGAGUUUUCAAAUGUUAAAAUGUGUUUUAAUUGUUUUUAGGCAACAAACAAAACAAAAUUUCUCCUCCAGUGUAUUUUGUGAUGAAAGAAUACACAGUGGUAGAUAUCUCAGUCAACACAACACUAGUUAUCACAAGAAGUGAAGGGGGAUUCUUUUUGGGGAUUUAUAGGCAAACUGACCCUUUAAGUUUUGA